AUGUCAACCUCUUCCACCUCACCCUCGUGCCAUCUUGACUCUCGCUUCUUCCUCUCACCUUCACCCGUCUCUGUUUCUGCUUCCUCUGUGGCCACCCCCCUUCUUUUAUCCCCUCCCUCUCCCCCACCCCCCCCCAACCCCUCUUCCCCCCUCUCCCUCCCCCCCCACACUGCCGACAUCUCCUUCCGCUUCUCACCCCUAUUUCCUCUCGCCUUUAUUUCGUUGUCACCCCUCCCCCUCCCUGGUUCUCUUGUUGUCUCCCACCGAAUCUUUCAGGCUUAUGAUGCUGCCAUCUCCUUCCUCUCCUCUCUCCUGCACGUCAACUCCUCCUGCGCCUCUCUCCCCGCCUCCUCCCGUCCCUCCCUCACCUGGACUCGCCCCACCACCCCCACCCCCGCCGCCCUCAUCCCCCACACCACCUCCUCCUCUCCAGACCCAACUCCCUCUCAGACCCCUCACAGCUCUCAGCCUUCCAGACUGGGCGCACGAGGCCGGGCAGCAAGCGGCGGGACUUCCGGUUCAUUGUCAAGCAAGGGCUCACUGGGUGCACGGUGCCAUUCAAGAGUGCGCCGGGCAGCUACACUGCCAAGUUCGGCACGCUCUGUGUGCAGCCCAUCCCGUUCCUCCUGCACACUGUCUCGCCGCCCGCGCUGCAACCCGAUAAGCUCUGGUACUUCAAUUCCUCCAUCAGAGACAUUCCCAAG